GAAUAUACCAUAAUGCUUGACCCUCUGUGACUGAUGGGCCGUCUUUGGAGAUGGAGGAGAGGAUAGGGACUAACCAGAUGGCUGGACCAGGAGUAAAUCUUUAGGGAUUUUUCGUCGCUGGCCGGCAUUGCAUAGCAUCAUGCAUAUUCAAACUGGCGUGUGAGCAGUCUUAGAGUCAGCCAAUGGCUGUUAGUCACGUGGCACGCCAUCUGGUGAGGCUGUUUACUGACGGUUACUUCCUCGUUGACAUAUAAGAAGCUGUCACACUGCGGUCUACAUCCUGCGUCUUCUCAGACAGCGGGACUCAUCAGAACUCAUCAGACGAACGCAUCAUGAUAUCCAUUGUCCUCAGUGUUUGCUUACUGUGUGCUUUCCAACUACCGAGUGUGGCUCAAGAGUUAAGAGCUCGUGUGGUCGGUGGCACAGCGGAGGAGGGACGUCUGGAAAUCUUUUACAAUGGAGCUUGGAACACAGUGUGUGAUGACUAUUUCGGAGAGGAAGAGGCUUCUGUAGCCUGCAGAAUGUUAGGAUUCAACAGCACAUCAGCAAAGUCCGCGUGGUCAGACAUGUACAAAGGAGGCUCUGGUCUUAUUUUGUUCGAUGAACUAGACUGUACGGGAGACGAAGUCAGCUUGGAGCAGUGUGAUCACGAAGGGUUCUAUGUACAUGACUGUGAUCAUUCGAGGAUGUGGGGGUCAUAUGCAACAUUACUCAAGAGUUCAGAGCUCAUUUGGUCGGUGGCACAGCGGUGGCUGGACGUCUGGAAAUAUUUUACGAGGGAGAUUGGAACACAGUGUGUGAUGACUAUUUCGGACAGGAAGAAGCUUUGGUAGCCUGCAGAAUGUUAGGAUUCAAAAGCACAACAGCAGUAGCUGUGGGGUCAGCCGAGUACGGAGAAGGCUCUGGUCCUGUUCUGUUCAGUGACCUGCAGUGUGUGGGGAACGAAACCAGCCUGGCGCAGUGUCCACACUGGGGGCUCUACAUACACGACUGUGACCACUGGGAGGAUGUCGGAGUUAUAUGCAACAUUACAAUGCCGGUGACAGUCCGGUUAUCUGGCGGGACGUCCAGGGCAGGACGUCUAGAAAUAUCGGUCCACGGAGAAUGGCUUACUGUGUGUCAGAAGAAAUUCAAACAGAGCGAAGUAGAGGUGGCCUGCAGGAUGCUGGGAUUCAACAGGACUAGACAGGUAGCUGUGAAGUCUCUCAUAUUCGAAACGGGUUCAGGAUAUCAGUUUUCGUCUAUAAAGUGUCAAGGACGGGAAACCAGUCUUGAUCAGUGCAGGUUGGGAUCAGUCCGUGAAAGCGACUGCUUUGAUGUCGGCAUCCUAUGUGACUUCAGAAACUUGAGUCUACGUUUAACAGGAGCUGACCGUAUCAGCAAUGACAUGGGGCUUGUAGAAGUGGAGAUUGCAAGUGGAUUGGUUAUGACACUGUGUGUCCAGAACAAGAAAACUGCCGCAGUCAUCUGCAGACAACUCAAUUUAACAUCAAAUUAUGCAGCACUUAUAAAGAGUUGGUCGUUCGGACGACAAAAGAACUCUUAUCUUGAAGCUGCAUUUGUUUGUGAGGGAGACGAGCGCAGCCUGGAUGAAUGUGAAUGGACUAACACUACACGGGACUGCUCCUCCCAUGACAUCGGCAUCUUUUGUGCCAGAAGGUACAACAGCCCUCUUAUAGUUUCUGGGAAGGAGAGGUACCCGUUUACAGAAGGAGCAAACAGAUCGUUAGUGUGUUCGACACCAGCAACCUAUCAACAUGUCGAGUACACUUGGUCACUGAAUGCUAGCGGUCGUCCUAAUGGCCAUGUUUUGACCUUUGACACCCUGACGAGAGAGUAUAAUGGACGUCAAGUACAAUGUCAGGCCAAGUAUCGAAAAGCUGAUGUGGAUGUUGAAAUUGUUAAGAGUGACAUCCAUGAGUUGAAAGUUUACUAUCAACCGUCAAUUACAAUAACAUGGACUGAUAACUACCGGAAACGAAUCCACUCCAUAAAUACCUUUGAAGUGAUUGAAGGACACAACGUGACCCUGUGGUGUGAGGCUGACAGCAACCCUCGCCCCGCGUCCAUCACGUGGUCAGGAAGAGUGAACAGCACGACUGGGGAGUUACGGAUCCUAUCGGCAGACCACGUGACACACAGCGGUGUGUACACCUGUACCGUCGUCACUGAAACCGUUGAUGAUGACGACAGACUUCCGCUGACAUCAUCUUACCAUUUGACUGUUGGUGUUCAAGAUUUGGAACCACGUCUGACAGGUGCACAUCGCAUAAGACAAGAUGUGGGUCGUGUGGAAGUCCGAUACAAUGGUACAUGGGGGGCUGUGUGCGGCCACGUCAGCAACAAUUGUGCGACUGUCAUCUGUAGACGACUGGGCCAUUCAUUUGUCAUGGCUGUGACAACAUCACGUGUGUCGCCCUUUGGUCCGAGGCCGGAGGAAAGCUUCGUGGUGACUGACCUCCAGUGUACGGGUAGAGAGACGAGUGUCGCCCUCUGUGUGCAGAGCUUCAUUGGCCUCAGUGACCGAUGUGAAUCAGAAGAACUUGGUGUCAUUUGCACUGGAGAAGCAUCGUUUCUUUACAUUGUUCUUGCAACAACAGCAAGCUACCCUUUAAUGGAAGGAUCAAACGUAAGCCUCAAGUGUGAAAAUGCCAGGACAUUUCCACCCGUGACUAACUUCACCUGGCCGAAGUCUGGUGGUGGGCGGGCUGCUGGACAGUUCCUCAUUUUUGAUAAUAUAACAAAAGUUCACAACAAAGGUCAAGUGAUGUGUGCGGCCCUUUAUAAGGACAACACCACGCAGUUGGUUUAUAGUGACACCUCAAUAUUGGAGGUUUACUAUGCACCAUCAAUAACGAUUAUCUCCGAAGCUCUCACGUGCACAACACAGAUGUCGCUUGGACAGUUGUGUGGGGUCACUCGGGGUCACAAUGCUACAUUAGUGUGCGAAGCUGACAGCAACCCGCCUCCUGCGUCUGUCCAAUGGCUUGGUAAUGGACAGAGUGCUACCCAGGAGUUAACCAUAACUGCAGCAGACUCCGCAAUGCAUGAUGGUUUCUACCACUGUGUUGUCAAAACAGGACUUGGUGCCGGAGACAGCCGUCUUCCUCUGUCAUCACAUUACCUGCUUAUCCUUAUUGUUCAGUAUCCUCCAUCUGUGGUGAGUUUUCAACUGAAUAAUGAAAACCAGACUGCGAUUGUUAACGAAAGCUCAGAUGUAAACAUGAUCUGUGCUGCUAAUGGGAGACCUGCUCCUCGCAUGAUGCUCGUCCGUGGGUCAGACGGUCAAGAACUGAAAGUGAGACCUCAGGGAGAGAUAGGGUUUGAUGAAGAAAGACGAGACCUGGCCUUCUUCUUGUGUAAAGCUGAGUGCCAGGACUCUGGCGACUACAGGUGUGAGGUGGACAACGGGGUAGGACACGACAGUAAGACCAUCAGACUACUUGUCCAGUGUGCUCCACGAAGAAAAGAUUCAGAAGGACAACCUCAGUAUUUGGAUAGUCGUGGCAAUAACAGAAAUUUUAGUAUUAACAUGAUAGCAUACCCGACACCUCAGGCAGUUCGUCUAACCUACCAACGCUCAGUUUUCAAGAGAAGCGUUGAGAGACCGCUCACGAACGACACAAUUAUUGUCACGUGUGGAGCCAGGCCUCUGUCACCUGCCGAGGUCACGUGUCACAUAGGUGUGACACAAGCUGAUGAAGGCUUUUACCAAGUUCUCUUCAGCAACGAUCUUGGAAACCUUACUGUUGGUUUUACCGUCACAUCUGAUGUGUUUGAUGUACGAAGCGGGACAGUCGACACAAAACCCAGAGAGUACCUCAAGUCCACGUUUUGAGUAUAAAAAUUUCACCAAUGGGUAAUGAGACUUCAAAACUAUCGUUUAAUCCUUGGUAUGUAAUCUUAAACAUUUUAUUUAAAAGUGUGUCCUUCUUCCUCCUAAAGAGGUCAGCUUGUUUACAUUACAAGACAUGUUCAAGAUUGUCUAAAUGCUGUGACGGCUAAAAUAUUUAUUACACACUUUUUUUCUUUUAAUUUGUCUUCUUAGUUUUUUUUUCUGGGUCUGUAAAGUAUCCAAAGAACAAAUAUU